GUGUCCACCCGCCGAGUCGACGAGUAUAGCCGACGAGUAUAGCCGACGAGUUCCCUCGAAGACGACGAGGACGAUUGGUGCCAUCCUGACGAGCAUUCCAGUUGAUGCCCAUGCGUUGUGCCAAAAGAGAGGUCGGACGAAAGCUAUGCCUGACUAAGGGGAGUUGGGUCAAGGUGCUUACGCAAGGGGCACUAUUACUUCAUCGGUGGCGCCGGUACGAUUCCUUCGCUGUGUGGCGUCGUCCCAAAAGGACAAAAGUGGGAGGAGUGUUGUGCCGGUGCCCGGUCUACAAAAUGCGCACAUACCUCGUGAUUGGGAACCAGCGACAAAUCGGUAUAGUGCAUGCUGGGUAGCACGAGUUUGUACGGUCUCUUAUGCACGGGUGACUGAUGCGAGUAGACGUAUUUUCCCAAGCUGAGUAUUGCUUGGAGUAAUUGUGAGCCUGAGUGAGUAAUUGUGAGCCUGAGUAUAGGUUAUAUUGUAUCAUAUUGUAUUAUAUUGUAUUUUAUGUGUGUUCAACACGUAUUUCCCUGGAAGGCCAUUCCCAGAAGAUAUAAGUGAGUCUGUGACUGUGUAUGUGAGUCUGUGAGUUGCCUGUGAUUGUGUCAAUGACACGCAUUUCCCUGGAGGUGUAUUCCCAGAAGUAUGUGUGUAUGUAAGCCGGUGACUGUGUGUUUAAGUACGUAUUUGCCUGGAGGUGUAUUCCCAGAAGUAUAUGUAUAGUGCUAUUUGUGACGUGGACGAGCCGUAGCCGACGAGUGUCCACCCGCCGAGUCGACGAGUAUAGCCGACGAGUAUAGCCGACGAGUUCCCUCGAAGACGACGAGGACGAUUGGUGCCAUCCUGACGAGCAUUCCAGUUGAUGCCCAUUAGGUUAUUGCUAUGGACAGCGGGAGGCGGGAUGUCCUUCCUAGACACACCCAGCCCACCCUGGCCCCCAGGAUGUCCUUCAUGUGGGUGGGCAUGUUGCUCACUGGGUCCUGGAUCUAUGGCUCCUACUCCAUCUUGGUGAACCUCAGUCAGGUCAAUGGACAGAUUCCCUUCAGCUCGGCAGCAGUCAUUCUAAUGAUUGAACUAACCAAGUUCUUGAUAUCAUUUGCCAUGUACAUGCCUGAGUUCAGACAGAGUUUCAGACUUCCACAUGUCUCUGUAAGGACAGCACUGUCAUAUUCUGUACCGGCUGUUCUCUACGCUUUCAACAACAACAUUGCACUGUACAUCAAUGAGGAGAUGGACCCGGCAACAUUUCAGGUUUUGAGCAACCUUAAAAUAGUGACAACUGCUUUGCUAUAUAGAGUUGUCAUAAAAAGAGUUAUUUCUGUUCCCCAAUGGCUUGCUAUAUUCCUACUUGUGCUGGCAGGAAUGUGUGAUGGAUAUGGUGGACUUGAGACUAAGUCCAAGUCGGGGGCUCGCACAGAGGUGUUUAUCACAGUUCAAGGUCUGGUCAUGUUGCUGGCAUACUGCUCCGUGUCUGCAGUGGCGGCUGUGUACACCGAGUACAUUCUGAAAAAGCAGCUCAUGACGUCACUCCAUGUUCAGAACAUGGUACUGUACACAUAUGGGUGUGUCCUCAACAUUACUGCAAUCCUCUGGCAGCGUCAGAUCCUCAAUCAGGGGACCAAGCAGGGACUGUUCUCAGGGUUCUCUGUCUACACCUGGCUGAUCAUAAUCACGCAGGCUUUCAGCGGUCUGAUUAUGUCAGUGGUGUUCAAACAUGGCAGCAACCUUACCCGCCUGUUCAUCAUAUCGGGGGCGAUGCUGGUUUCCAUGGUUAUGUCCAUUCUAAUUCUGGGAACCACACUAAAUGUGUACUUUGUGAUAGCCGCAGUAUUAGUCACUUUCGCCAUUUAUCUUUAUCAUCAGUAAUAAAUUUUCAACUGUUCAAUUAUUGUUAUGGUCAGCAGUGCUCUAAUUGUCUUUAUAUUGUCUGUAGAAUUCUUUUACAACGGAACUGUAUUGACAACGGAUAGGUUUUGUUUUAAAUUGUUAGCCAUGUCUUCAGUUGAUAGAAUCAGCUUUAUUUUUGAUGGACUUAUUAUUAAUAGACUCGUGUUAUCCCGAUGGUUAUUGUCCCCUACCGGCGAAACCGGGUGGGGCUUAUGCUUUGCGCUCUCUCAGUCUGUCACACUUUUUUGGAUCCUGCGAUAACUUUAAAAGUUCUUCAUAUUUUUUCAUGAAACUUAACAGAUGGGUAGAUGGCAAUAUGGAGAUUAUGCACGUCAUUUAAUUUUGUUCCUACGUCAAGAAUUCUGGUUGCUAUGGCAACAAGUAUAUAAAAAUGAUAAAAAAAUUAAUAAAAUACUGGCAAUGGUGGAGUUUCACCGGUAGGGGACCAUAUUGCUUGGCAAUCUCUUGUUAAUGUUGUCUUUGUCAUCAGUACAAUAGUGCUGUUUUUUUAUUUUUCACAGAGUUAUGGCCUUUUGAAAUUUUCCAUUGUACAGAUAGUGCAAUUCUUGUCUGAGCUAUUUCUCAGCAACUUAUUACGGGAAUUCAAUGAAACUUUAUGGGAAGCUUCAGUACCAAGAGGAGAUGUGCGUAUUAUCAGCCGGUGAUGGUCAGAUGAUUUUUCACAGAGUUAUGGCCCUUUGAAAUUUUCUAUAAACUGUACAUAUAGUGCAAUUCUUGUUCGGGCUAUUUCAACCCAACUACUGACUGGAAUUCAAUGAAGCUUUAUGGGGAGCUUAACUUGCUUGAGGAGAUGUGCAUGUUAUUUGUGGGUUCUGGUAAGAUGAUUUAUUGAGAGAGUUAUGGCCCUUUGAAAUUUUUAAGUUGCUAAACCAUCCAUCUUAUUAUUUUUUCCAAAGUUAUGCCCCUCAAGAUGUUUCCUUUUAUCUGAAUAUAUAGUGCAAUAUUGUAACCAAAGAAACUUUUGGGAGCAUCACCCGUCUCCGACGGUUUUUUGUUCUCAUUGUAUUGCUUUGCCAGUUUCAAUCUCAUUUAUUUUUUAGUGAAACAAUGCUAUUACUUUUAAAUCUGAUUUUAUUUAUGAUUGUCUGUAGUUUCGUUUUUUACACCUUACAAAUAACCAACCAUUUCAACCUAUGAUCUGACAUGCACAUCAUAACUUUAUGCCAUUCUUCAUCUUUAACAAACAGUUUAUCAUUAUAUGAGCCAAAUCAAAACAAUUAUAUGAGCAGCUACACGCAAACAUGUAUCUUAUGCAAAACAUUUGUCUUAGAAGUAUUAUAUAGCUUAUUUGAUUAUAAUGCCUGCAUUCUUUUUUUAAAUAUAUGAAAUUUUUUUGGAAUAUUGUUAUAUUGCCUAACUGUGAAUAAGUUCUGUUAAGGGAAGUUUAAGUAGUAAUACAGAAUAAGUUUAGCUCUCAACGUGAUUGCUCUUAUUAUACUUGAGUUAUGUUGUUACAAGGUAACAAGUCCAACAGGCAGAGUUCUAUUUUUCUUAAACAUGUUUAUUUUGUAAUGAUUGUACCAGAAGCUAUUGGGUUAUGGAAACACUCAAGUUUGAUCCUUGAAAGAACCAGUACAAAGUGUUAGUGGAAUGUUUCAGAGAACCUUCCCCGACUUAUGAUUGAACCCUGGAUUUAUGGUUGCAAACAAAUUACCCUAUCUAUUGCACAAUUACAGCUCAAGUUAAAGUUUGUCAAAAGUAUCAGUAGACGAUAAAAUACUUUAAUAUUGCAGUAUUACUGGAAAGUAACAAUUUCAUGUUGAAUGUUAGUUUUCAUAAAUACAAUAAACAUUAUUUUGUGGAAGUAUAGGUAUAACAAAAUCUUGACUGAUGUUUCAAAUGUAACGUUCAAUUACUAUUGUAAGUUAUUAUAAACACAUUAUUUAUCAAACUUUAUUAACUGUUUGUGAAGAAAGUAGAUUGUACAUGUAUGUCUGGAUAUCAAAGUACCUCAAUCAUAUAUAUAUAGUACAUUUUUAGCUCGACUAUUAUAUAUGAAAUAUAUAUAGUGGAGCUAUCCUACUCACCCCGGCGUCGGCGUUAGCGUCUGCGUGCAAAUGUUAAAGUUUUCGUACUACCCCAAAUAUUUUCUUUCUCCCUUGACGUAUUGCUUUCAUAUUUUUUAUCACAUUAUAUUAUUACAUUGACAAAACAAGACUUACCUGAAUACCACAAUGGAUUCCACCCAAACAAUACCCCAUGCUCCUACCAGAAUCCCUCCCCCCCCCCGCCCCCCCCGAA